CGCCAAUAAUGCACUCUGGCAGUGACCUCCACUGAUCAGGUACUUUCCGCUCCAAACAACCUUCUGCCGACUCAGGCUUUGGCCUGGCUCCAGCGAGCAGGCCUCAUCGUACUCUGGGUGUAUGUCCGAGAUUCCCCUGCGCAACUUUCAACGUUCCCGACAGGCUCGCGCCGGAUACACAGCUCUACCUGAAGACGAACACGCAUCUGGCGACAGCCAAGCUAGCGGAAAUAUGCCAAUCACUGUACGAGCAGCAGCAGCAGCAGCGGCAGCAACAGCCCGAAAUGCACAGACUACUGCUAUGAGAGAUCGCUACGAGGACGACUUCGAGGAGGCGACCCUGCUCGGAACAGAGCACCACCGACACGAGGGAGACGAGGAUGUACACGCUGAGGCCGCGUCACAGAGGAGCACGAGCUCGGACAGACAUAAAGCAGGGAAAGACAAAUCACGGACAAUACCCUUCCAUCCCACAGGUGCGCUUCGCACUGGUACAAUGUCUCCGGAAGAAAUUCCAGAAAAGAUUUCCUCCCAAUAUCGUCCGCAACCAGAAGUAUAACGCCUUCACCUUCCUCCCCCUUGUCUUCUAUGAGCAGUUCAAGUUCUUCUUCAACUUGUAUUUCUUGCUCGUUGCGCUCUCACAGUUCGUACCCGCGCUGAAGAUAGGCUUGAUUGCGACAUACAUCGCCCCGCUUGCCUUCGUCCUCUGCGUCACAAUCGGCAAGGAGGCAUAUGACGACUACAAGCGUAAUUUACGCGACCGCGAGGCAAACUCACAGCGAUAUCUGGUCCUCGAGCCAUCAGCGUACUCUGCUUCCGAAGGCGGCCCUCAUACGCGCUCUGUGCCCUCGUCUGUACUAGCGGUCGGUGAUCUUGUUCUCCUGGAGAAGAAUCAACGUGUACCUGCGGACCUCGUGUUGCUGCGCACUUCCGACAGCUCCGGAACAUGCUUCAUUCGUACAGAUCAACUAGACGGAGAGACCGAUUGGAAACUUAGAGUUGCUGUGCCGACAUGCCAGAAGUUGCACAACGACGAAGAACUGUUCUCCCUGGAUGCGGAAAUUUACGCCGAUGCACCUAUCAAGGAUAUCCAUACCUUUAUUGGGACAUUUACCGUCAAUAGUCCACCAUCACAUUCGGUGAACGAGGUGCCGAUGGUGCAAGUCCCCACUAUCGAGCCCCUGACCGCGGAUAAUGUGCUCUGGGCCAAUACUGUCCUUGCGGCUGGUUCUGCUGUCGGAUUCAUCAUUUAUACCGGGCCUGAAACUCGUGCUGUGAUGAAUACAAGCCACCCGAAGACGAAGGUCGGACUUCUGGAUAUCGAGAUCAACCGACUUGCAAAGAUCUUGUGCACCGUUACUUUUGCGCUUUCGUUCGUUCUGGUCGCUUUGAAUGGUUUCCGCGGGCUGUGGUACAUCUACAUCUUCCGCUUCUUAAUCCUGUUCUCGUCCAUUAUACCCAUCAGUCUGCGCGUUAACUUGGACAUGGGCAAGACUGUGUACGCGCAACAAAUCAUGACUGACUCAGAGAUACCCGGCACUAUCGUACGCACAAGUACUCUACCUGAGGAGCUUGGUAGAAUAGAAUAUCUUCUCAGCGAUAAGACUGGAACUUUGACUCAGAAUGAAAUGGAGAUGAGGAAGCUGCAUAUGGGCACUGUGUCUUAUGGAACUGAAUCUAUGGACGAGGUCGCUCACCAGCUUGCCCUCGCAUUUGGGGGGUCUACGGACGGAGGCCAUGGAAAGAAGCAUUCUCUCACUACUGGCGUGCAACUGGCCAACCGAGGUCGCCGAGAUAUGUCAUCUAGGGUCCACGACGUCGUGUUAAGCUUGGCUCUUUGCCACAAUGUCACGCCAGUAACAAACGAUGAUGGUUCCGUUACAUACCAAGCAUCGUCUCCAGAUGAAGUUGCAAUCGUCAAAUGGACAGAGUCCGUGGGCUUAACGUUAACUUUCCGCGAUCGCACGCGCAUCGAGCUGCAAACACCUACAGGCACAAAACUUGUCUACGAAGUCCUCGAGCUUUUCCCUUUUACUUCCGAGUCUAAGCGCAUGGGUAUCGUCGUCCGCGACACACAGAGCAAGGAGAUCACCUUUCUCCAGAAGGGCGCCGAUGUCGUUAUGGCAAAGAUUGUCCAGCGGAACGACUGGCUCGAGGAGGAAACUGCGAACAUGGCGCGCGAAGGCCUCCGCACGUUGGUCAUGGCCCGCAAGAAGCUGAACGAGCAGUCAUACAAUGAGUUCAAGGAGAAGCACCAUGAAGCGAGCAUCCGUCUCGAGGGCCGCAAUGAGGCCAUGGUGGCCGUCGUGACAGAGUACUUGGAGCGUGAUCUCGAGCUGCUCGGCCUCACCGGUGUCGAAGACAAGCUGCAGGAUGACGUGAAAUCAACCCUGGAGCUGCUUCGGAACGCUGGUAUCAAAAUUUGGAUGCUGACCGGAGACAAGAUCGAGACGGCGACGUGCAUUGCCAUUUCUACCAAGCUUGUGGCGAGGAAUCAAUACAUCCACCAGGUUGCCAAACUGAAGACCGCCGAUGAAGUACGACACGAGCUGGAUUUCCUGCAGAACAAGCUCGACUGCUGUCUAGUGAUAGAUGGCGAAUCAUUGCAGCUGUGUCUAAAUCUGUUCAAGAAAGAGUUCAUCGAGAUUGCGACGAAACUCUCUGCAGUAGUCGCUUGCAGGUGUUCCCCAACACAAAAGGCGGAUGUUGCUCGUCUAAUCAGACACCACACGAAGAAGCGCGUUUGCUGCAUUGGCGACGGUGGUAACGACGUUAGCAUGAUACAGGCUGCGGACGUCGGUGUCGGCAUUGUUGGCAAAGAAGGCAAACAAGCCUCUUUAGCUGCCGACUUCUCCGUUACCCAGUUCAGCUACCUCACGAAGCUCCUGCUGUGGCAUGGCCGAAACUCCUACCGCCGCUCGGCCAAACUCGCUCAGUUUGUCAUUCACCGUGGUCUGAUUAUCUCGAUCAUGCAGGCCGUCUUCUCAGCCAUCUUCUACUUCGCUCCCAUCGCACUGUACCAGGGUUGGCUCAUGGCCGGCUAUGCUACCGUCUACACCAUGGCCCCUGUCUUCUCCCUCGUAUUGGACCGCGAUGUCAGCGAGGACCUGGCCCUGCUUUAUCCUGAGUUGUACAAGGACCUUGUCAAGGGCCGCGUCUUGUCCUACAAGACGUUCUUCAUGUGGUUAAUGAUCAGCGUGUACCAAGGCGCCGCUAUCAUGAUUAUGUCGCUAGUGCUGUUCGAGAACGAGUUCUUGAACAUCGUGUCCAUCUCUUUCACCGCUCUGGUCCUGAAUGAACUUAUUAUGGUUGCAUUGGAGAUCACGACAUGGCAUGUUUAUAUGGUAAUAUCAGAGAUCGUCACUUUCUUCAUCUACGGACUCAGUUUGGCAUUUCUGCCGGAGUAUUUCGAUCUCACAUUCGUCCUAUCGGUUCGCUUCGCCUGGAAGGUCUCUGUUAUUGUCGCGAUUAGUGCCUUCCCCCUGUACAUAAUCAAGCUCAUUCGCAGCAGGGUCGCGCCCGCAGCAUCGAGCAAACUGACCUGACCUACAACAUCACGAAUUCACAGCCCUUGUAUCAAACCCCGAGGUUCGAGUUGGCAGAUAUUUCAUAUUUGCUUGUCAGUGGGCUCGCCGUGCUAGAGGACAGCAGUAUUGCAGGAGGUGAUAUAGCAGGUACAAAAGAAAGGAAUGUCACAAAAAGCGAGGUACGACAGGAAGGACAGCAGCACGACGUGCUCAGGAGCCGCUAUGUGGUGACGGCGACGGAUCAUGGUUCGUAAACGGAGCGCCAAAGAACGGAGAGGUCGCGUGCCAGUCCGGAGCCUGCCCCGGAGUCGCGCUCCACAGCUGCGGUCGCGGCGGAAACGGCUGUGCGGCCGACCCUGCCCACGGUGCACGCAUACCAAGCGGGGCCGCACUCGUCUGCGGACUCGAUCCAGGCGCGCCCCAGCCUACCGCGCCGGGGGCAAGAGACCGGCGGCCUGAUGCCAGCACAAUCUCGUCGUCGUCGGCAGCGAGUGCGGACGAGCCCAACACGCCCUUCGGACUUGGUGAACGCCGGCUUGGCGACGUCGACCCUGAACCUGUCGGCUCGCCUGGUGGACGUGCUAUUGGCGCGAUAGGUGCCGGGCGUCCGAUCGGUCCUAGGUCUGCCAUCGACGGCCUCCGUCCUGGUGGGCCCGGCGCCAGCUGAGGGGGUGAGGCCAGUGGGUUUUGCGCUGCCUUACUUGGAGGAGCGAUGGGCGCAACAGGAGAGGGGCCGACGUUGCGAGCGAACGCUGAGUCGAACGAAGGUCCUGUACCAAACGCCCUAGGCACUGCUGACGGGGCCAAGGGGGUUGGUGGCGGAAUAUGGCCCAUCGGAUGCCCAGGAGCGAAACCGCCAAACGGUCCAGUUGGGAUGUAUGGUACACGCGGCGACAUUGUAGGUGGUGAAAUAAUACCGGGCGUCGGGGGAUACAGCGGAGUAAGAGGCGAUGGCAGAUGUGGCGUAAGCUGUGGGGUCAUCGGUUGCGGAGGUAUGUGCGGCUGUGGGCUGGUCACAAGUACUGGGCGGGGCUGAGCGUGCUGUCUGGGCGGUUGAAUAAUCGGGAGCACAGGUACGGGCGCAGGUUGCUUCGGAGCGUUCUUCUUUGUGGGAGUGGUGGAGGGACCUGGAGUGGCCUGACUCGGAGAACGCUGCGAAGAUCCUGACGCAGUCGCAUUGGUCGCAGUGCGAGGUGAGGUCGGUGGACGAGCCGUCUUCGCAACAGUGGCACGUUGCUGCUGUGCCGCCGUCCGCUCCUUUUCCGCCUUCUCCUUCUCCAGCCGCUCUUUCUCAGCUUUCUCCUUCUCCAGCCUCUCGCGUUCGCGUUCGGCCUUCUCCUUCUCCUCGCGCUCCUUCGCCACCUUCCGCUCUCGCUCUUGCUGCUCUUGCUGCUCUCGACGGGCCGUCCGCUCCGCAGCUGCCUUCGCUUCUCGUUCUUCACGGACCUUGCGCUCGCGUUCCUCCCUCUCUCUGCGCUCCUGCUUCGCUUUCUCCUCUUUCUCUCUACGCUUGCGUUCACGCUCGGCUUCGCGCUCUUUCUCCUCUGCAAGACGCUUGCGCUUCUCCUCCUCUUUGCGCAGCCUUUCCUCCUCCAGAGCUUUGCGCUGAGCUUCCCGCCUUGUCCGCUCUUCUUCUCGCCGCUUCCUGCCCUCCUCCUCUUGUGCUGUCUGCUUAGCCUUCAAAGCAGCAUCCUCCGCCGCUUUUUCGGCCGCGCGAGCAGCACGCUCCUCCUCUUUCGCAAGCUUCUGCUGACGCUUCUUGUCCUUCUUCUUCUGGUUCUGCGUCUGUUUCUUCGCCUCUUUCUCCUUCGACAGCUUAUCCUCAUCCUCAAGCUCUCGAAGCAGUUGCAGCUGGCGUUCCUGAGCGACCUUCUCGCGAUAUGCUUGAAGUACUCGCUGCUCGAACAUCCGGGCAGCAAAGAUGGAGAACAUGCGCUUGCCUUCUUCCAUUUUCUGCUCCUCCGUCAUAACCUCUUCCUCUUCGUCCUCGUCCUCGUCCUCGUCAUCUUCCUCCUCGUCCUCCUCGUCCCCCUCCUCAUCUUCCUCCUCUUCAGAGUCGUCUUCGACGUCCGCCACUGCCUCUUCCUCGCGCUGCAUGCGCCGCUCAGCUAGCUGCUCCAUCAUCUCCAGAAACUUCUGACCGUCGUUCUUAAGGAGAUCGUCUGCGACAGUGAGAAUGUUACCUGUGACAGUGAGACUGUUCCCAAAGUUUGCCAGCCCGUCCCGCCCGUUUGCUUUGCCAUUCGCCGCACCACGCCGUCGCGCUGCCCGUCGCUCGGUCUGGGGCUUGACGUCUUCUUCGUCUUCUGGCUCUCCCUCGUCCUCCUCUUCCUCUUCUUCCUCCUCUUCUUCCUCCUCCUCAUACUCCUCGUCGUCCUCAUACUCCUCUUCCUCCCCGUCGUCUUCGAAUUCACUUUCGGCCUUGACAGCUUUUCUGCCAUUGACGACGCCGUUCUUGGCUCGAGGGGGUAUAUUGGAGAUGGUAUGAGGACCGAUCACCGCACCGUUCUUGUCCAGCUCGACACUCCCAGGGAAGGGACCUGGUCCUUGAGGAGGAGGUAUCGUGCCGCCAGACGAUAUGUAUUGCUGCUGAUAGUUCGCGUACUGUUCAAGCUCUUCGUAAUAAGCAUCGUACAGUACCUCGAGCUCCUCCUCAAUAGCAUUUCGCUUUCGCCCACAGACAGCACACAUGCAACUGUGUUUCUGCUGCUCCUUCAUCUUCCUGAGGACGGCCUCUUUCUCGAUUUUCACGAGAUUCCGCCGUUCGUCCUCGCCCAGGCCGAGCCAGAACUCCUUGAUUCGUUCGCGCUCCUCGGUUGUGCUGGUGGACCAUAUCUUGCUAUUGUUUUUCCCAUUGGCAGUGUUGCCUGCGCCGUUUGCUGGAGGCCUGGGCUUGUGGGGCGCAGAGGCAUUCGAAGAGGGCGGCGAUGGGUGGUGAUGAGUAUGGUUAUGCUGGUAAGCGUGGGAUGUGAUGGGGGCCUUGGAGGCUGCGCGGCGGCUUUGUGGCGGGGGAUUUGCUGGGGCGGGCGUCGAGUAAGACAUGGGCUGUUUGCCCGCAGCUCGAGAGCUUGGCGGCGGGUUCGCAGCAGGCGAAGAGCGCGGCGCAGGCAUUGGCUUGUGGGAGGCAGAGACAGGCGUCGCAAGAUUUGUCGUCGGUGCGGGUGACACCGCUCCCACCGCCGAAGCCGGCCUUACCGGUGCCGUCGCCGGUACGGGCGUCUGUACACCCCCGCCUCCGCCUCCGCCUCCAGUGCCGGUACCCAUCUUGGUCUUCUUCUUUUUCUUCCUGCUCCUUUUGCGCUGUGCUUCAUAUUCGUCCCCGUUCACCGUUUGCAUCAGCCCCGCGUGCUGCUCGUAGCUCACAACAAACUGCGCACGCUGCUCCGCCAGCUCGUCCACCUCCUCUUCGCUGAAGUAUUCCUCGUCUCCAAAGUCGUGCUCUUCACUCCCAUACUCGUUAAGCAUUCCCCCAUCUUCCCCAGCAGUGUGCAUGUUCCGGUCCGAUGGCAACUGCAGGCCAUUCGCCGCCGCCGCUCGUUCCAUCGCUUGCGUGAAAGCGGGAUCAGUGAAGAUGGACGGGUCAAAGGGCAUAGUCUGAGGGAACGCGCCAGGAGGAUAGCGCGCCGUCGCCGUGCGCGUCGUGCCCUUGACCGUUGCACUUGCAGUAAAGUUCACGCCUGCUCCCGAGUGAAUUUGCUGAGCAAUGGCGUACAUGGCCUGAGUCUUUUCGUCCUCGUUACCAGGAGAGCUCAAUUGAGAGUAAGUGUGCCGUACAAAGUUGCGGAGAUGAUCCGGAAACGAUGCCCAGUACUCAUCGUUCACCAUCCCCUCCGGGUCUACCUCCAUGCUCCUCGCCAAGUGGUCUGCCGUCGCGAGUAGCUCCGCCUCGGCCACCGCAGUCUGACUGAGCCGCGUGGCCGCGACUGAGGCUGAGAGCGACGCCGUUGUCGACAGAUGUACCGAUUCGAGCUCGGGUGAGAGCCCGGUACGCGAGCCAGAGCGCGGUCGCCCAUUCGCAGACAUGUCCUCGAUCAGCUCUUGCACGUCUUCGUCCUCUUCGUCAUCCCCGUCGUACUGGGGCCCCGCAACACUCUUGCCUUUGACUCUCUUCUUCUUUUUCUUCUUCCCGUUGGCUGCCUGCGCCGGGGAAGCGGGCGUGGGUGCGGUCGCGGACACAGGCGCGGGCGAUGUAGUCACCGGUGCCAGUGGAGGGGUCUGCGUCGAUACCUUCGUUGAUGGCGACUUUGGAGGUAUCCGUUUUGCCUUGGGUGCGGUCAUUGUACAGGCAGCAGACCUCGAGAAGAUAUCAAUAGCCGAGUGUACGAAUCAAUGAGAGUUCACCUGUGCAGCAGCCGUGCAGCAGGUAGAGGACCAAAGCGAGGCUCCCAGGAACAGAAUACAAUGUCUCUGACCAGAUCGUAUGCCGUCCGCGAAGUCGUGGAGUCCUACAGCUCGACAGGCACGAGAGUGUACUGCAAAGGUCGGUGCCAGG